ACAAUCAAAAUUUUGACAAUUCAACAUUUGAAUCAAAAAUACAGUGUUUGGAGUCAUAUUAUGUCCGAUUUUUAUGAAGUUAGCAAUUAUAUUAUUUUUAUUUGAGAUCAUUGGAAUAACUUAGGGGAUUAUGUUGCACGGAAUGAUUCCAGCCGCUUUCUUCGCAACACUAUUACGAAGAUAUCUGGAUAGUCUUUCAGAAAGUCCAGACUAUAAUAUUUCUUCAUCCAGUGUUGGUUGUUUGGGAACUUCUGCAGUAUUAGCAACAGUUGGUAUGGCGGCGUAUGGUCUAGCUCGUCUGUCUAAAAAGAAACCUGAAAUUCAGUCAUCGGAAGCUGAAACAAAGGAAAUCAGAUCUUCGACACCACAAAAAAAAGAAUCUUGUUUACAGAUGAUUCGAAAACCCAAACCAAAAAGAAUCAAAAAGAAACGUCACCGGAAAAACAAACAAUGGCUCCUGGACCACAUGAGGUACUACAAGUCAAAGUAUGGACGUCAGAUUGGGAAACUAAUGAAUCAGUUCCUAGGAAUACCCCUUGCAGAACCUCCCAUGGCAGAACCCGUUGAUCUGGACAAUUCGGACGAGGAGAUUGUUGACGAUGAUUCUUUCAAAGUUUUCGGCAGUUUCCCGUAUAGCGGGGGUAGCAACCAUCGAAAUAAUGUCUUAGAUGACAUCUAUAAUGAAGACAACGUGGUUGCGUCCAAAGAUCAUUUUGCAGAUGACGGAGAAGAUACUGAGUUGUCGGAAAUGAUCAGAAAGCGGAGCAGUUCCUUGGAUCUGAAGGAAUUGUUGAGGGAUAACUUCGAGAUACAGAUGAAUAAACAGUGCAGCAGAAGGGUAUCAGACAGAAGCCAUCGGAGCAGAACUUCAUCUGGAAGCUACAAAUCGUAUUGUAGUGACAAAACAACAGUUCCUAAUAGUAGGUCCUCAUCAAAGAAGAGUAGAUCAUCGUCUAAGAAGAGCAGAUUUAACCGCAGAUCAAAAAAGACGACUGAUAGGAUCACUCCGAGAAAUAGUCGUCAACAUUUGAGUGUAAGAAGAAAUACAAGAAGUGGACGAUGCUACAAUGGUUCUACAGCCUGAUGCUAAAAUAGUUAUUUCCAACAAGACGGAGCUCCUCCACACUACUUCACACUAGUUCGCCAAUACCUCAAUUUGCAAUACCUACCCUGGUCGUUGAAUUGGAUGAAAGGGUUCAAUGGAGUGGUCUGCCCGAUCUCCUGACCUGAACCCUCUGGACUUCUUCUUGUGAGGGAAUCUAAAGUCCAAGAUUUUUGUGACUCGGCCUGAAAAUUUGAACGAACUACGCCAACGAAUUAUAGAUGAUUGUCGUCAAAUAACUCCAAUUAUGCUGAACCGUGUUAGAGAUUGUAUUAUUGUAUGGAAGUAUUCUUCUUAAUUAAAUAUUUGCACUUCACAA